UAAAUAAAACAAUAUAAAUCAUAAAGAUACAAGCAACAAAGUUAUAGUCAUAAGAAGAUAGGUAACAGGAAAGACGAGAAGAAGAAUAUUAAUACAGCCUUACUAAAUAGUUUGUCAGUGUUGUGGGAAUUAGGUGUUUAGCAGAGUGAUGGCAUGGGAGGAAAAGCUGUCCUUGUGUCUAGUUGUUGUGGUGUGCAAUGCACUCUAGUGUCGUUUUGAGGGUAGAAGUUUAUGCUCAGGAUGUGUGGGGUAUCUAGAUAUUUUCAUAGUCCUCUUUUUGACUCGUGCAGUGUACAACAGAGGUGGACCAGGAUCGACCGAACCAGUAGUGGCGGUAGCGGGAUUCUCCACCUACCCGUCCAGACACUUCUGUGUAUGCGCAGAAGCGUCACGCGAGUGAGCAAGUAUACACCUCUGUAGCGAGCAAGUAUAUUCCCACCUCUGGUAUAGAGAUAUACAUUUUCAAGGAAAAAGUAAAGAAAUCGGUUGCCUUUUGAAAAGCACUUUGAGAACUCCCUUUAGCAGCAAAUUCUCUGUAAUAUUUAUGCUACGAAUUGAUUGGGACUGGUAAGUAAUAAAAUUUGACCCCCUGACUUGCUUCUGUUCAUCCUGGCUGAAAAAUGAAUAUGAUUAGAUAAUGUAUCUGGUAGUGGGAUUAAGUAGAGGGUUAGGGGAAGUGACAUCACUCCUUGUGGCCAUAGACUCACUUCUUUUUCUUUUAUGAUGAUGGUUUUGUUUUGUUUUUGUUUUGAUGUGGUAUAUCAAACUCACUACAUCCUGAUAUUUGCUUCCAAGUGGUGUCCAUUUUAACUAGGAGUGAAAGACAAAGGCUACGGGUUAAAUUCCAAAUCAAACUGAUUCAUUACUCAUGCGUACACAUAGGAAUCUAGGGAACUAAUGGUUAGCACUAUUGUGGUGCUAGAUAACGGUUAACGGAAUUCAAGGGGGGGUUGGACUUAGUCCGCUUGUGACUAUGUAGAGACUCUAAGCUGAUUCCUCUUUUGACUCCACCUCCAGAUUCUGUCACUCCUUCUCCUACACAAAUACACACUAUAUCCAAAUCAGGGUGUCAAACUCAAUUUCAUUGAGGGCCCCUUCAGGGUAGUGUCUGACCUCGGUGGGGGGCGGCUGGGGGAGCAGCUUGACAUCUGGUUUUGGCUGCGACGUCCUCUUGCAACCGUCUGCCACCAAAAACGGAGCUCAGGGGCCCCAGAUCUAAGUAGUGGGCCUACACACUCCUGAUUUAGAUAGUUGCUCUUUUUGGAUGAAAUAUAACUUACACUGAGAUAAAGAAGAGGAAUUAGAUCCCAAAAUGUCAUAGAAAGUUAAAUUUGUGCUCCUCAGUUCCCCUGUAAUAUUCUCCCCUGCCCCCCCACCCCAAAUGCACAGGGGAUUCAAUAGAGACAAUAGCCCUAUUGUUUCCAUAACAAUACUGUGCUGUAUCAGUAAUUUUACAAAGAGUUACGAUGCCUUAAUGCCUUCCCCCCAUUUUCAAAAGCUGGUUUUCAGUUAAUUCUGUUUUACUUAACACUAAAGGGAAGAAAAAAAAGUCCUAUAGCUUGGUAGCGUUCCUCCUCAAUGUCAGUAUAACUUAUUUCUGAGUAAGUGGCGAUACAAUUGCAAGAGUAGUAAAUGUAUAAAGAAUAGUUUGAUAACACCUUUUCCCCAAAAGAAUUAAAUGCAGCUAAUUUUGUAUAAUUUUAUGUGGAAUUGUCUUGAGGAAGAACUUCAUAGCUUAAAAAGUGUCAAGAAAGAAGAAAAUGGUUCUCCAAAGCACCUUUUGGACUUGAUUUUUUCCCCACGUUUCAGGAUAUUGAUGGAUAAGCCCUUCUUUCUUACGUCCCAUGGAUGCUGCCAGAAAAUAAAUAUGUUUAUUUUUUUCCCCACCUCUACAAAUGUAAUUCUUGCAGCUUCUGCUUUGCACACUGGCUUGAAUGACAGUUCUGAUUAUUUUUUUAAAUAUAUAUAUUGAUUUAUUCAUUUUAAUGAUGGCUUCCACUAACCAAUCUUUAACUAACUGUGGUUGUUUAAUUACAGAGGGAACAUUCCCACGCUCAACAGAAUGUCCUUCUCGUCUAACCUUAACCAUUACGGGAUGGUCCACGUGGCCAGCGUGAGCGACGUUCUCCUGGACAAUUCUUUCACCCCACCGUGCCAGCGUAUGGGAGGCAUGGUUUCCUUCCGAACCUUUGAAGACUUCGUCCGGCUUUUUGACGAGAUUAUGGGAUGCUUUUGCGACUCUCCACCUCCAAGCCCCACCUUUCCAGAAUCGGGACACCCAUCCCUCUAUGACGAAGACAAGAGCGCUCGAGAUGAACCUAUUCAUAUCCUGAAUGUCGCCAUUAAGACGGAUUGCGAUAUCGACGAUGAAGGUCUCGCUGCCAUGUUCCGGGAAUUCACACAGAGCAAGAAAGCUGUCCUGAUUGACCACGGAAUUCGACGUCUAACUUUUCUGGUGGCCCAAAAGGAUUUCAGAAAACAAAUCAACUAUGAGGUGGACCAAAGAUUUCAUAGGGAAUUCCCCAAAUUCUUCACAUUCCGUGCCAGGGAUAAGUUCGAAGAGGACAGAAUCUACCGCCACUUGGAACCGGCCUUGGCGUUCCAGCUGGAGCUCAACCGAAUGCGCAACUUUGACCUCACCGCCAUCCCAUGUGCCAAUCACAAGAUGCACCUCUAUCUGGGGGCAGCGAAGGUUGAGGCCGGAGCGGAGGUUACCGACUACCGAUUCUUUGUCCGAGCGAUCAUCCGCCAUUCGGACUUGGUGACUAAGGUGAGGCUUCAUUUAUUUGUGGCCCUGUGGUUGGAUUAUGAAUGGGUCCCGGAAUUGCAGG